AAGCAAGACAGGACCAAGAAUUACACUGAUCCACGAGUUAUGCUUUUCGACCAAGGGCUUUAUUUUGAAAGGCUGCAGCGGAAACGCUUGGUAUUAGCGGUAGCUCGACACACACUCAUUCUUUAAACGUAGUCGGCGCUGACGAGACUGCGCAGCUGCAAACUCACACCAUGGACAAGCAAAACACUGGACCAAUGGCGGGGGCUGCGGAAUGAAAUGAUGUCAUCCAUAAUACAUCAUAGAGACAUUUCACUCCAGAUGUCUUCUGCUGUCUUUUAAUGAGCAAUCGGAUAUUAAUUAGUAAAACAGAAUUAUCCAACGCAGAAUAAUAUCCACACAUAAACACAAAGUAGGUGCACUGCAUAUGCAACUAAAUUUAAAUUUGAAUCUAAAUUUAAUGUCGCAAUAAUAUCUAAUUACAGACUGCACCAUAUUGCCAAGCAAUUAAUAGGAGAAAAGGCCUUUGUUCCCUAUGUUCAGCACAGCAUCCAUUGCACUGAGCAAAUGCUGCCUCCUGGUGGCUCUCUGGGGUAACAGACCAUCCAUCGUGUGCAUAUCUAACAUCACAACAGUUACUCUCAAUAGCUAUAAAUAAUAUCAAGCAUGUAAAAAGUGGGGUUUUAUUAUCUGUGAGAUGAAAGACUUUUUCUAAUUCGCAGUUCAUUUCAGUGGUGAGCUGGGUACAGGAAACCGGUCUUUUCAGGUUCAGACUUGUAUGAAGGAGUAUUGCCACUUUGACCUCAACUAAGGUUGUUGAACUAUUGAGCAAUGGUUGCAGUAAUUGCAUCACGUCAAAGUUGAACAAUAGGGUGUUUGUUGCUAUGAAUAAUAAAAAAUGAACAGUUAAAAUGUACAGUUUACAUGCUCCAAACUAGAAAUUUAACGCAGCUAAAGUCAGUGAAUUGUUUAUUACUGAGAUUCCAGUCUUUUAAACUUUUCAGUACUUUAUAUGUUCACUUCUUUUUUAAUCCUCCUGGGCAAGUAGGACACCAGAAGUGCAUACAUUUUUGGAUAAAUGUUCUGCCAUUCCUCCGAGACUGUUUUCUUUUUUCUUUUUUCUUUUUUGCUGCUCUUUGCUGGAGGGGUUGUGUUGCUCUAUUUUUCUCUUUAAAAUUCUCCAGUGGUGUUCCAUUGGAUUCAGAUCAGGCGACAUGAGCCUUAAGUUUCACUAUUUGUUUUAUUUUUUACCAGUGUUCUGGUAUAUCCGCAGGUAUAUCUGAUUCCAGCUAUAAAUGUCACCUUGCCAACACCUUUGCAUUCAUGCAGCCCCACAUCAUCUUACUCCCAGCACUGUGCUUCAAUGUUGGAACUAUACAUUCACUGUGUGAGUCCUGGCCAGGUAUGUGACAAACAUGCUGGACCCCAUAUGAGCCAACAACAAUGAUAUAUUUUAAUCUUAUCUGAUCAAAGAAUGUACUCUCAAUAAUAAUGAGGCUUCUAUUCAUGCUGAUUAGCAAAAUUUCAUCUUGCAGUUUGGUUUGCAAGGUUUGCUUGUUUUGUUUUUUUUUUUGUCUUGGACACUGUCCAUAGAGCUUGAUGUUAAGCAGUGUCCCAUGUAAAUAUUGUAAAUAAUCCAACUACAGUAAUGACCUGAGUGACACUCCAACACUGGAACAACAUACAGUACAGUUAUGGUUAUAGUUUAUCUCUCCACCUGACUACACUCACACUGAGUGUAAUUCAUUUGCCAAAAAGACACUCUCCACACAUUAAACAAAGUUGAGAUUAAUUCAAACGAAAGCAUAAUUGUUUUUUUUGUUUGUUUGUUUGUUUUUACAAAUUUUCUAUUGGUAUUGCAAUAGUAGUGUUAAUGAGAAUUCUUUUCAUCACAAUAAUAAGGUAGUAACUUGAAUCGCAAUGGCAUCUAUUAAUGACAUGCAGUGGCUUAACGAUAGUGAAAUAGUGCGACCAUACUACUACUACUACUCUACUUAUAGCCUGUUUUGAAAGGUGAGACAAUGCUCUAUUCUAGCCUAUAAAUAAAAAGACUGCAGUUUGACUGAAUGAGUUUGGUGGAAGUUUUGAAGAGUCAUCUAAAAAAAUGCUAAAUCAUUUAGAGUUCAUUAUUGGAACUAUUCCAUUUUCACUGAAAGCACUGAUCAUAGUGGGGACAUCGAAGUUCUACAUUAAAUUUAAUGAUCUGAUAGCAAAAAUACCAUUUAUAAUUUCAGUUAGAUGAUUAGGAAAUAUUGUAAUAUUACAGGCGAUGAUUAGGUGAUAGUUUGUCAUUGUUCUCAUUUAUAUUUACCUCAUUUAUCAACAAGAAUUGCACAAAAAACAUGCUAUGAUAAAUAGUAGUGCAUCAAUGCAUUCAAUUUGCCAGGACAUAUUGACAUGAAUCACCUCAAUCUCUUCAAAAAAAACUGAAAUCAGAUUUUCUGUGGAAUCUUGGAGGUAAUGUCAAGGUCGAAACUGCAUCUAACACACAUCCUGAGACAUGUGAAGGUUCACUGGUGCCAGGUUUCCGUGAGGUUUUACUGGAUUUACUCUUUGGGUUUGUUAGAUCAAGGGGGUGAAUGGCUGGAUCAGUGUGGCCAUGCCGCCUGUUACAGGACAUUGAUCCUUCUCCUACUGUGUGCAUGGUGAUCCUUUUUCUGCUUUGAGGUACUGCCAAAUGGUGUGAUCACAACACGGUGUUGCACUUGGUAGCUCUCAUAUGGGACGUUAUUCAUUACCGACAAUGCGUGAGUUUGUGUGUAUAAACACUAUGUGUAUGUACACAUGUUGGGUGAAUGUGUGUCUGUCUUUGUAACGUUAUAUUUUUUUCCUGUUUGUGUACAAAGCAAGCAUGUGUGUGAACAACAUCUUAGCAGUGUAGAGACUCUUGGGCCCUGGAUUCAUAUCCCAUAUCACAAAGAAUAAAGUCUUGCCUUGUAUACAACCUGCUUUAUUUCAUAUCCCUCAGGAGUCACGUAAUCUCUUCUUGCCAGCCCACCUACCUCCUAAUAACCCCCACUGUUUGCUGUCCCUUGUUCUGUCAUUGGCUUAGAGGUGCAGAUAUUGGGCUACCAGGGCAAUAAAAGGAAGGAGGCAAGCAUCAUCAAUCACUCGUUGGUGGGGAUGGAGUGAAGAGUCAACACCAUCUACAUCAGCAGAUUAUUGCGUCAAGCCUUCAGUAUGUCGUCCGUUCACUUUGUCUUCCUGAUCUUUGUGGCACUGAUGGCCAUGCUGGCCUCUGGUGCCAGAACCACACGUUGGCCCAAACCACAGAGCACCAAGAAGCCCCCUCGAGCUGGGAGCAGUGGUGGAGGUGGGGGUGGAGGAUUUGUACGGACCACCACCACCACAACCACAUCCCCUUCCAGCAGCCUGCACACAGACGAAACAACCGAGAUCAUGAUGGAUGCGUACUCCCUGUCCCCCACAGACAGCACCACCUACCCCAGCGACACUUACCCAACUGAGUUUCAUACUGAUGCCAUAGCACCGCCUGGGAACACCCAUGGAAACUAUACUCUCGACUACAAUGAAUGCUUUUUCAACUUUUGCGAAUGCUGUCCACCAGAAAGAGGCCCCUUAGGGCCCAUGGGAGAGAGAGGGCCACCGGGGCCACCAGGAGAGAGGGGCCCUGUGGGGUUGCUUGGAGAAAAGGGAGAAAUGGGGCCCAGAGGACCUCCAGGACCAGCAGGAUUGCCUGGAGCCAAUGGACUCAAUGGCGACAUAGGUGAAAAAGGGGAUCAAGGACCUGUGGGUCUGCCUGGUACUCCUGGGAUCCCGGGAAAACCUGGAGAAAAAGGUGAUCCGGGGCCCCGAGGAGAAAAAGGUGAACGUGGCUUCAGUGGUCUGAAAGGGGACCCAGGAGAAAGAGGAGAGCCUGGCCUGAAUGGGACUAAGGGCAGCAUUGGGCGAGAGGGGCCUAUGGGUCCCCCAGGGAUUGCUGGGACAAAGGGUCAGAAAGGUGAACAAGGACUUACAGGCGAGUGUUUACCGGGUGAGAAAGGAGAGAAAGGUGACGUGGGUGAGCGAGGGGCCCCUGGUCUGAGAGGUGAGAUGGGCCCGACAGGAGCAAAUGGAACUGGUGGUGCAAGGGGAGAGAGGGGGGAGCCAGGGCCUCCAGGAGGGAAGGGGGAUACUGGGGCUAGGGGGCCCCCAGGACCACCAGGUGGGAGGGGCAUGGCAGGGGUGAGGGGGGAGAGGGGAGCUAAAGGUGGGCGUGGGCCUCGUGGUCCUAAAGGCCCUCCAGGUGAGAGUGUGGAGCAGGUCCGCUCUGCUUUCAGUGUGGGUUUGUUCCCCAGCAGGUCCUUCCCCCCGCCCGGCCUGCCUGUGAAGUUUGAUAAGGUGUUUUACAACGGGGAGGGGCACUGGGACCCGGCACUCAAUAAGUUCAACGUCACGUACCCAGGGGUCUACUUAUUCAGUUAUCACAUCACUGUGCGCAACCGGCCUGUGCGUGCUGCCCUGGUGGUUAAUGGGAUACGGAAGCUGCGGACAAGAGACUCUCUGUACGGCCAGGACAUCGAUCAGGCGUCCAACCUCGCUCUGCUGCAGCUCAGCGAAGGUGACCAGGUGUGGCUGGAGACACUGAGAGACUGGAACGGAGUUUACUCCAGCAGCGAGGACGACAGCACUUUCUCUGGCUUCCUGCUUUACCCGGACUCAAAGAACAAACCUGCCGCUAUGGAAAACCUGUGACUGCAACCUCUUGACCUUGAGCGAGCUCUUCUUCUACUCCCUGUAGACUCUGCACAGCCUUCAGCCCUGUACUGCACUGCUCUGUCAAAUUAAUGUGAUUCAGCUCAGUCUUGCUGCUCAGUAUCUGCUUGGCUUCUGUUGUGCUAAUCAAACCAACUGCUUUGCUUGCCUUGCUGUAUUUGGAGAUGGAUGAGGCUUGAAUUUAUUUCUGUAUGCAACAUUUCAAUUCUUUGUAACACUGCAUUAAAAAUGACUCUGCUUGAAA